CGGCGGGGGACGGGCGAGGCGGAGCGGCAGCGAGUGAGCGCGGAAGGGGCGGCGGAGGAGCGGAGCGGAGCAGGAGAGAGGAGCGAGGGUGCGCGGAAGGAAGGAGAGAGGAGGAGGAAGAGGAGAAAGAGGAGGAGGAAGGAGGGAAGGAGGGAGGCAGGCGCCCGGCCGCCGCUGCCCCGGGCGCCCCGCUCAGCGCACGGCGGGGCUCAGCAGCCGCCGCCGCCGCCGCCGCCCCCCGGUCCCGGCGGGACGCCCCCGCGGCGCUGCCCCAGCCAUGAAGGCGGCGGUGGACCUGACCAUCAUCAAGACGGAGAAGGUGGACAUCGAGCUCUUCCCGUCCCCCGAUAUGGAAUGUGCAGAUGUGCCUUUAUUAACUCCCAGCAGCAAAGAAAUGAUGUCUCAGGCAUUGAAAGCCACCUUCAGCGGCUUUGCAAAAGAGCAACAGCGACUGGGAAUCCCCAAAGAUCCCCAGCAGUGGACAGAGACGCAUGUGCGGGACUGGGUGAUGUGGGCAGUGAACGAGUUUAGCCUGAAGGGAGUGGAUUUCCAGAAGUUUUGUAUGAACGGAGCUGCCCUCUGCGCCCUGGGCAAGGAGUGCUUCCUGGAGCUAGCGCCUGACUUUGUGGGAGAUAUCCUUUGGGAACAUCUGGAGAUCUUGCAGAAAGAAGAGGUAAAACCAUACCCAGCAAAUGGAGUGAAUACAACAUAUCAAGAAUCCCGCUAUACUUCAGACUACUUCAUUAGUUAUGGCAUCGAGCAUGCACAGUGCGUGCCUCCCUCCGAGUUCUCUGAGCCCAGCUUCAUCACAGAGUCCUACCAGACCCUCCAUCCCAUCAGCUCGGAAGAGCUCCUGUCCCUCAAGUACGAGAACGACUAUCCCUCGGUCAUCCUGCGUGACCCAGUCCAGACGGACUCCCUGCAGACAGACUACUUCACGAUCAAGCAAGAAGUAGUAACGCCAGACAACAUGUGCAUGGGACGUGCCAGUCGAGGUAAACUGGGUGGCCAGGACUCCUUUGAGAGCAUAGAGAGCUACGACAGCUGUGACCGCCUGACGCAGUCCUGGAGCAGCCAGUCCUCCUUCCAGAGCCUGCAGCGUGUCCCCUCCUAUGACAGCUUUGACUCAGAGGACUACCCCGCCGCCCUGCCCAACCACAAGCCCAAGGGCACCUUCAAGGACUAUGUUCGCGAUCGGGCCGAUAUGAACAAGGACAAGCCUGUCAUUCCUGCUGCUGCCCUUGCUGGCUACACAGGCAGUGGACCCAUCCAACUGUGGCAAUUCCUGCUGGAACUGCUCACUGACAAGUCCUGUCAGUCCUUCAUCAGCUGGACAGGCGAUGGCUGGGAAUUCAAACUUUCCGACCCAGAUGAGGUGGCCAGGCGAUGGGGCAAGAGAAAAAACAAACCCAAGAUGAACUAUGAGAAGCUGAGCCGUGGUUUGCGUUACUACUACGACAAGAACAUCAUCCACAAGACGGCCGGGAAACGCUACGUCUACCGUUUCGUCUGUGACCUGCAGAGCCUGCUGGGCUACACGCCUGAGGAGCUCCACGCCAUGCUGGACGUCAAGCCGGACGCCGAUGAGUGAAGAUGCCCGCGGCCGGGGUGGAGGAUCACCCCGUGUCAUUUUGGAGAGUCGAUGGGACAUUUUCUGUUGGUUCUUUUUUUAUUUUUUGCUGGUUUUUGUUUUUUUUUUAAAUUUUUUUAAGAGCAACUCAGAUUUGAUGCUUUGAGGAUGUUGGGAGAGAGGGUGGCGGAAGAGGCAAACUUUUGGCCGAAACCUAAAAAGUUUGGUUCAGAGAAGGAAGGGCUUUUUUUUUUUUUUGCCUGAAAGCUCUAAGACAGGCUUUUUUUGGGGUGAAAUUCUGAGUUUUAAGAAAGCCAGAACAAUGUAGCUCACUUUAAAAAAAACAACCCCCCCCUCCCCAUCCCUUGCUGUUUAGAAAAAAAUGUUAUCUAAUGGAUCCCUUUCGUUUUUGUGUUAUUCGCACAUAAACUGACAGUUCAGGAAGUGACAGUAUUCCCGAGGAUUUGAGGAUUUGAAACUUUUAUUUUGGGAGUGGGGAGGGAAACCCAAAGUGGGUGAAUAUUCCUGCUUCGGGGAGGGGCAAUAUAGGAAAAAAACAAGAACUGUUACUCGUUCUUGUUACAUCACCUUUCUGUUGGUUGUCUUCUUUUCUACAAAAGACACAAUUUUUGCUAGGAGGGAUCAAGACUUUUUUUUUAAUUUGUUAAAGUUUUAUUUUAUUAAAUUUUGUGCCAGUAUUUUUUUUUUUAAAUAGUCUUAAGCUCUAAGAUGGUCUCAGUAUUGCAAUAUUGUGUGUGUUUGUUUCUGUUAUGCCAGCAGAGAGUUUUAUCACAGUGAGGAAAAAGAAAAAAAAAACCAAAAAACCAAAAAAAAAAUUAGUUUAUGUAGACCCCACUGGAGAAGUUUAGCGCUACGACUUGGCAUCUCCGAAUCGUAUGUGAAGGAAAAUUAACUCCAAAGUGGCUCCUAGUGAUGCUGGCUGGGUGUGCUGCGCUUGCUUCCAGGCCCACUCGCUUUGCUCCACCAUUUACUGAUAAAGCUGGUUGAAAUUUCUGCUUUUUUUUUUUCUGUUGUUGUUGUUGGUAAAAAGGGGCCUUUUUGUAUGGCUGCGUUUUUGUGCACAAAACCUAUCAAGAUUUGCGGGGAAAAUGUCUUUUUGCAUUUUCCAAAUGGCUUUUUUUUCUCAAGGAACAUUUUGGUGCUUUCAGAAAAUUUGGGUUUGGUUUUGACUUUUUUGAGGGGAAAGGGGAGAAAUUCCUGUGUUUUGAAUGUCAUAAAUGGAAAAUAUAUAAGUUGAUUGGGGGUAAAAAAAAUCAGGAAAAAAUUGAAAAACCAAAGGGAAAUGUUUUUUCCUUCCUGUUUUGACCAGCUCUAUCUUUAUUGCUGUAUGUUUUAACCAGCCUGGGCACAUGCAGAAAGGAAAUUGUCCUUGCAAAUGGGUUCUUUACUGCUCUUUGUACACCCGAUCCUGCAAACCCUGUCAGGGUGUGAUUAACAUGAAGCAUAUGACCGGUGUCACCAGGGUAAACGAGAGGUCUCAUGUGUUUGCAGGAUCAGUCCCAGGGGGAGCUGCUCCCUCUGUCCUCCGAACCUUUUGCAACCGGUUUGCGUUCAGAGGGGUAAAUCCUGCCAUACCAAGCAUGUCCCGGGAUGCUCCGAGCAGACCGAGGCCGACGACCGCCUUCGGCGUGGGCUUGGUGUGAGUUAGAUGAUCGGGUGGCGAGCGUUUCCAUAUCCAGAUACAACCCCGAAGCCGGAUCUGUGUGGAGCCGACUGCUGAACGGGGUCUUUCUCUGCCGCUUUCUUUUUAAAGACAGUAUUACGUGUUUGAACCAAAAGUACCUUCUUUUUGUGUUGUUUGUCUGUCCAUCUGUGUGUUUUUAGGUAAUUGCGUUAUUACAGAGGCACUGUGAGACAGUAGCGGGGGCGAGAUGAGGAGAGGCUUUCCACAGAUGCUCGCCGGGCAAUCCCAAAAUAUUCAGAAAGGAAUAUUUUAUAUCUGCAAAUAUUUAUAGCUGAAAUAUUCAGGCAUGUAACCUCCCCGUGCAGGAGCAGUGUCAGAUGGGGAGCUUGACCCUGGGACAAGGUCAGGGGUGCUGGGCUCUCCUCCGCUUCCUCCGGAGCUGGGGGGACCCAGCACCUCUGCAUCCCCGGUUGGUCAUUUUUGGGGCAAAUAAGCCUCAAAACUGCUGCGUGCUAAAAAGAAAAAAAAAGGUGAUGGUGGAGGGGAAAUGAGUGGGCCGAGAGGGAGCUCCAGCCAAGGGGGAUGGCGGAGGUGGUGGUUUAGGUAAGGGAGGUUAUUAGUUCUGCUGUUACACAGGGCUGGGGCUGCACAUCAUCCCACUGAGCGUACGGAAAGGAAAGGAUGGGAUGGACAGAAAGGAAGGAAAAGGGGAUGGAAGGAAGGUGGAAGGAGCAUGCACCAAAGGAGGAAAGGGACGCUGCCUGCUGGGAAGUUAAAUUUUAGCUCAUCUCCUCUGGCAGACAGGGAGGAUGGGAGAAAGCAGCUCGGCCGAGCUGGGGGGAGGAAAGGGAAACAGAGGUCUGGUGGAUGAGGUCCCCACCGGCGAGGCAGAGCUCUGCCGCAGAGCUGAGCUGGCCGCAGCCGCUGAGCAGGCCGAAAAGGCAGUUGAGCGAGAUGGGGCGGCACAGAAGUGUGCAGGGCGGGAGGUGUUAAAGAGCAUCCCAACAGGACAGGGUCGGAUUUUCAGCCAUCGGAUGGGGUUUUUUUAAGGCGUUCAGGGUUGGUGCCUCCCAUGCGGCUGCAAAGUGCCCUUAUUUACCCUUCACGGGCCGCUUCCAGCAGCGCUUUGAAAAAUCCCCCUUAGCCCCUUAGAAAGGGUGCUGCCGGGAGGCCAGGCGCCCAUCUCCUGCCCUUGGCACCAUGCCGUACCCCAGGACACGUCUCCUGCUUCGCUCUGAUGCUCCACUGCAGCUGAAGUGCCUUUUUUAAGCAGAAGACAGGGAUACAAUUUCCCUCCGAUGGAAGGAACUGCAGGUUUGGGUGCCAGCCCCAUCCUUCUGCCAGGCUAAAUCCCUCGUCCGCUCCACUGUGCUUAUUUUUUUCCAGGUUUCCGAGCCGAACCUGUGUGCUCCCAGUGAUUUUGGGAAGAUGGUUUAAAGGUUAGAAAGGGCGAGUCGUGGAAAGCAGCUCUAUUUAUUGAAAGUAGCCCCUGGCUGGAGCUUCUCCGUCAUUUCUCAUGGUUGUUUGUCAUCCCAGAUGCAAGCGCGGCGGAAAAAGGCCAGUACGGUCCUAGGGAUGUCAGGUUCAUCAUUUUCUGUUUUUCUUUACUUUUUAUUCCCAUUCUAGAGACCAUCCCAGAGAGGACUGUGUGCUGUUUAUACACUGGAAAUUUGCAGAUUUGUUUUUUGUUUCUUUUUUUUUUUUCUUCUUUUUUUCUGCCUUUUAAUUGCUUGUCAGCUUUUGGUGAGGGGUGUGCUGAACUAGAUGUGCUGGAACCCAAACCCUCUGCUCUCUUCUUCUUCGAGACCAUGAAAAUUUGGUUCACCUACUCACAUGUGUUAGACCAGGAUGGGUUUGAGAUGGAUGAUGGAGAUCUGCCGGGGAUGGGAGUCGCUCCCGUGCUGGUUUCUCUGCAUGGGGACGAGCUUCACCCUCAGCAGAUACACAUGGCUUUUGGAAAUUGGGUAAUUUUGUCUUGGUCUGGAAUGUCUCAGGUGCAUUCGGUGAUUUUUUUGGGAUGUGUUCUGUGUUCUCCUUGCAAUCUGCUGUUUCUCCAUGUGGGGCCGUGUCCUCUUCACCCCCUUGGCAGAGCGUGAGCCCUACCUCAGGAGCUUAGCUCUUACAAACAGCUUUCCAGGGCUUCGGCACUCGAUAUUUGAAACCUCAGUAAAAGGAAAAAAAAAUCAUCUAAAAAACAACCCUGACAAAAAAUGCAAGCACUUUUUCUACUGCCUGUCUCUCUCCAUCUCUGUGUGUAGGAUGACCAUAACCCAUGGAAAUAGAAGAUCUUGUAAGAUUUAACCUUCUCGCCUCUUUCCAACCCAACACCUACUCCAAAAAGGUCCCUGUAAGCACCGAUAAAUCCAGACCCUGCGGGAAACAUCUUUGUCUUCUGACUUUUGCUUUUCUGGAGGGGUUUUCUGCGAGGCUUGGUUGCUUGUUCUUCAUUAACGUCGCAAAAUUUGGAUGCCUUGGCGUGCUCUGCUGUCUGGUAGGGUCUAUAUAACAUCUGUGAGCUGUUGUCUACAUUCCAAAGAGGUUUAAAUAAAUGAUAAAUGUAUGUAUACAUAUAUGUUAUAACGGAAUAUCUCCAGAAAUUAACUGCCUCAGUUAAAAAAAAAAAAAAAAGAAAAAAAAAAAGGAAAAAAAAGAACUUUUUUUGGUUUUGUUUUGUUUUUACACAUGGGAUUUUUUUUUAAGCUGAUAAACACAGAAGAAGAAAAAAAAAGAGAUUGUUAUAUUGUGCUGUUCGACUAUUUUCCAACUUGUAUUUUCAUAUAAUUUAUAUUUUUUAAAAGUGGAAAAAAAUUUUAAAAGUGAGAUUAAAAAAAAAAGGAAAAAGCAGGUGCUUUUUAAAAAAACAGAGCUGAGGUAGCUUAGAGAUGUAGCGAUGUGUGUGUGUGUCCGUGUGUUGUGUUGUAUUUUGUUUUGUUUUUUUUUUAAAGGAUACAGAAAAAGUCCCUCCUACAUUGAAUUCUUAAAGAAGGAGGGGAUUGGUUUUGUUUUAAUUGCUGAUGCUGGCACAUCAUUUUGCUGGAGAGUUUUUUAUAUACUGUAGCCUUAUUUCAUAUCGUAUUUUAAACCAUGUGAAAUUAAAAGAAGAAUAAUUCAU